AUGCAAAAUAUUUCCUACUGUGUUCUUAUCGGUUUAUUCGCUAAAGUGGUACCACGAUCCGUUCAUGUAUGUAAAGAUCCAUAUAAUGCAACUAUUGCAUCCACUAGCGCUCAACUAAGGGACUUAAGCGAAGGUGUAGAUAAUUAUGAAGAAAUAAUCUAUGAAGAGCCCACGACCAUUUUGGAACCGAUCCCGGAUGCGAGGAAAAUGCACGGUAUGAAGAAGCCAUUCACAUGGUAUACGAAACGGAGACUAUGGACGACAGACGAUAUGAUCGUUGGUGCUAACAGUAUCGAUACUCGACAAACAAAUGCUCGGAAGGGACAUUUGUUCGUGUACACUUUACAUUCCGGAAUGUUCUUUCCAACUCCAGUGGACGUUUCAUGGUCAGCUACUUUAAAAAAUCGUCCUGCACUUCCUUCUUGGUUACAUCUUGUACCGUCUCGCCACAAAGCGAUCGCUUAUCUUGUUGGAACCCCUGUGACGGGAGCGAGACAAGUGACCGUUCAUGUUUUCGCGAAGCGACUGGACACAUUUGAGACGAAACAACAGUACAUUGUUAUUUCACUUGCUGAGGAUGAACGUUACACUCGAGCAACGCAACAAAUAAUUGAUAUCCAUGCAACGAAUGUAGAAGCCGAAAGUCUACUCUCCGAUCGAACAGGACUCGUAGGUCGGCUCGAGAAAUCAAUUCGGGACGCAUUCCGUGGUAGGGACGUAAAUCCCUACAUUUAUAUGGUUCAGCCAGAAUUUCAGGUCCCACAGGGAAAAGAACAUUUGUUCCGAAAUCAGAGAAGUAGGAGCUCACUCAUUUCUAUCGGAACACAACGUGGAUUCUAUCCAACCGUACACAAAUUAAUCCACAACUUACAAACAAAUCCAUCAUUUUGUAAGAAGCAACGUCUUGUUGCGUUAAAUAAGUACUUCGCACCAACAUUUGAAGUGGACUGGUGCAGAACAAGAAUCCGCAAUAUCACUAUGCUGCAUGAUUUUGUCGAAGGCGAUGUGAAAAGUGAGAGAUACGAUGUUAACGUGGUGACAGACUUACAGGUUACUGCCACUCCUGCUGAGCCAAUACGUGAAAUUAGUGCUGUUUCUGAUGGAUAUACAUUCUGGGAAAGUGUCCUGGUUUUCCCUUUGAUUGCUGUUUUUUGUAUAGUACUUGUACUUGUGUUGAGUUUAAUUUUCUUUGGACGAAGAGAAGGACAACAAUGGAGGGACUAUAAGACACCAAAGGAACAGUUGGACGAGUAUGUCAGUGUACGUCAAAGUCAAAGACAUCUACGAGAACUUUCAGUUCAACGACAAUUGCUCCUUAUGGCUGGUGGACGUGAUCAUCCGUCUCCACCAUACGGUGUUCAUUCGUUCUUACAACCGAGAUACAAAAGUGUUGUGAAUGGUGUUGACUCAGUAGGAAGGUUCAGCAAGAGUGCAAGUAAAUUGAAUGAUAAUAACGAUGAAACCACAGACCUAUUAUCCGGAUCCGAGUCAAUACCCGUCGGGAAACAAACAGUAGCCGAAGCGGCAAGACAAUGUGGAAGUUCACUACACUUAUAUAGGAAUCCAUUAGAAAGUGAGACGGAUGAGGAGAACGAAAAUGAUAGCCUUGAUGAAAAGGAUAUUACAGGCGCAUAA